UAGAACAAUUACAAACUUUAUUUCAUCAGCACAAUCAAUUGAUUAUAUUGUUUAAAACUGCCCUGGAUCUGAUGCCAUCCGAUAAUCACAAAAUUGUAAUCAGAGCUGAUAAAACACCUGCAGGUCAACAUACAAGACGUUUUAAUGCACCAACUAUUGAUGAAGUUGCUAUCGUUGUAGUUGGAGAAAACUUGGAAUCCCGUGAUAUUGUUUUACGUCGUCGGAAUGAUCAAUUACAACGUAUAAAGGAAACACACCGCUCAUAUGAUGCACUGCAAUAUCCCAUUAUAUUUUGGCAAGGUGAAGAUGGCUACGAUUUCUCAAUAAAAAUGAUAAAUCCCAUUGCAGGUUCUGAAACCAACAAAAAAGUCAGUUCAAUGAACUAUUAUUCAUACCGCCUAAUGAUUCGGGAAAAUGAAGAUAAUCACAUAUUGAAAUGUCGGCGAUUAUAUCACAAAUAUGUUGUUGACAUGUAUGUUAAAAUUGAAACGGAAAGAUUAACAUUCAUCAGGUUGAAUCAAACCAAACUCCGAUCUGAAGAGUAUAUUCACCUUCGAGAUGCGAUUAAUACUGAUGGAAAUGCACAGAAUGUCGGUCGGAUGACUAUUCUUCCAGCAACAUACAUCGGAAGCCCUCGGCAUAUGCACGAAUAUGCUCAAGAUGCCAUGUCGUAUGUUCGUCAUUAUGGUACAGCAGAUUUGUUCAUCACAUUUACAUGCAAUCCGCAAUGGAUAGAAAUCAAUCAGGAGUUAUUCUCUGGGCAAUCACCCAUUGAUCGUCAUGAUAUUACAGCCAGAGUCUUUAGACAAAAGUUGAAAUCUUUAAUGGAUUUCAUCGUAAAACAUAAUGUGUUUGGUGAGACACGCUGCUGGAUGUAUUCUGUGGAGUGGCAGAAACGAGGAUUGCCACAUGCACACAUUUUGAUUUGGUUGGUUGAAAAUAUAAGGCCAAAUGAAGUUGAUGCAGUGAUAUCAGCUGAAAUCCCUAAUGUACAAGUAGAUCCUGGAUUGCAUGAGGUAGUUAUCAAAAACAUGAUACAUGGUCCCUGUGGAACUCUUAAUCAAAAUUCACCGUGUAUGAUGGAUGGUAAAUGUUCAAAACGAUAUCCACGGACAUUAAUAUCGGAAACAAUUACUGGUAAUGACGGUUAUCCAUUGUAUCGUCGCAGAUCGACAGCAGACAAUGGAAAAUCAACAAUUGUCAAAUUAAAUCAACAAGAUAUUGAAAUAGAUAAUCGUUGGAUUGUUCCAUAUUCACCCAUUUUAUCAAAGACAUUCAAAGCACACAUCAACGUUGAAUCUUGCCAUUCAGUGAAAUCUAUUAAAUACAUUUGCAAAUAUGUAGCCAAAGGGAGUGAUAUGGCUGUGAUUGGAAUUGGUGCAGAGAAUUCCAAUGAUGAAGUUACCCAAUACCAAAUGGGCCGCUAUGUCAGUAGUAAUGAAGCAGUUUGGCGAAUAUUUUCUUUUCCUAUUCAUGAGAGACACCCUUCUGUUGUUCACUUAGCUGUGCAUUUAGAAAAUGGACAAAGAGUGUAUUUUACAGCACAGAACGCAGUACAAAGAGCUGCUCAGCCACCAUCUACUACAUUAACCAGUUUUUUUGAGACAUGCCAAAACGAUGAUUUCGCACAAACAUUGCUAUAUUCUGAAAUGCCAAAAUAUUAUACCUGGAAUCAAUCCUCAAGGAGAUUUAUACGACGGAAACAAGGAAAACCAGUUCCAGGAUAUACAGAUGUAUAUUCCACCGAUGCGAUUGGCCGGAUUUAUUCAGUACAUCCAAGCAAUGAUGAAUGUUUUUACUUACGACUGCUAUUAGUCAAUGUACGUGGCCCAACAUCAUUCCAACAGUUACGAACUGUUGAUGGUGAAUUGUGUGUAUCCUACAGAGAAGCCUGUCAACGUUUGCAAUUGCUUGAAAAUGACGCUCAUUGGGAUCAAACUCUCAAUGAUGCUGUAAUAUCAUCACACGCUCAUCAAAUACGAACAUUGUUUUCUAUAAUCAUAUCUACAUGCUUCCCAUCAAACCCAAUUGAUUUGUGGAUCAAGUACAAAGAUUAUAUGUGUGAUGAUAUUUUGUAUCAAAUACAGAAUAGAAUGGGAAAUCCAAAUAUACAAAUCAGUGAAGAAAUUUACAAUGAAGCAUUGAUUUCAAUUGAGGACAUGUGCUUGAUAAUGUCAAACAAACUAUUAAUUCAAUUAGGCCUGACCGCGCCCAAUCGUCCAAUGCAUGACGCUUUUAACCAAGAGUUGCAUCGAGAAAGACUGUAUGAUCUCAACGAUUUGAAAGAAUUAAUUCAAACAAAUCUUCCACUGUUAAAUGAACAACAGAAGUAUGUAUUUGAAACUCUUAUGAAAGUAACAAAUGAUGAAACUGGAGGGAUUUACUUCUUAGAUGCACCUGGUGGUACAGGAAAAACUUUUUUGAUUUCAUUAAUAUUAGCAACAAUUCGCUCACAAAAUAAAAUUGCACUUGCACUCGCUUCGUCGGGAAUCGCAGCAACUUUGCUUGAAGGUGGUCGAACAGCCCAUUCAGCACUAAAAUUGCCAUUAAAUAUGCAUAGCAAUGAAACUCCAACCUGCAACGUUUCGAAGAACUCUGCAAUGGCAAAGGUUUUGCAGCAAUGUAAAUUGAUUGUUUGGGAUGAAUGCACGAUGGCACAUAAAAAAUCUUUGGAGGCUUUGGACAGAACCUUAAAAGAUCUACGGAGCAAUAAUAACCGAUUUGGUGGUGCAAUGAUUUUAUUAGCAGGAGAUUUUCGUCAAACAUUGCCGGUGAUUCCACGAUCAACGCCAGCUGAUGAACUCAAUGCAUGUCUAAAGUCCUCCAGUUGUGGAAACAUGUCAAAACAUGUUGACGGCUGCUGCAUUAACUUUCCUCUAAGUUUUUGUCAGUUAACUCGAUCAAAAGAUGAACUUAUUCAGAAGGUGUUUCCAGAUGUUUCUCAAAAUUACAGAAACCAUGAUUGGUUGAGCGAACGAGCUAUACUGGCUGCAAAAAACAUAGAUGUAAAUGAAUUAAAUUUCAAAAUUCAAGAACAAAUUACAGGCGAAUUGAUGAUAUAUAAAUCAGUUGAUUCGGCUACUAAUCAAGAUGAUGUAGUCAACUAUCCACCGGAAUUUUUAAACUCGCUGGAUUUGCCAGGAUUGCCACCUCACAAUCUUCAAUUAAAGGUUGGAUCGGUGGUUAUAAUGUUGCGAAAUAUCAACCAACCGCGUCUUUGCAACGGUACACGGUUAGCGAUAAAAAAAUUACUAAACAAUGUGAUAGAAGCAACUAUACUCAAAGGAAAGUAUAAAGGAGAAGAUGUUCUCAUACCGCGCAUCCCAAUGAUUCCGACUGAUGUGCCAUUUGAGUUUAAACGACUACAGUUUCCAGUGCGUCUUGCUUUUGCUAUGACUAUAAACAAGUCACAGGGGCAAUCAUUAAGUGUUUGUGGUAUUAAUCUAGAAAACCCAUGUUUCUCACAUGGUCAAUUGUAUGUUGCCUGUUCCCGUGUUGGAAAACCAUCAGAUUUGUUUAUCUAUGCGCCAGGUAAUCAAACAAGAAACAUCGUAUACCACAAAGUACUACAAUGAUAAUAAUAAUAAUUAUGAUUCACAUGAUUAACAAUAA